AUGUCUGGCACCAAGGCUAGGUUGUCGAACAAUCGCUUCUCAAACUCAGCCACCUAUUUCCACCCUCACAACGGACUUUCGACCCUGUAUUCGUGGCCUCACAUCGAACCUGCUCGUCAUGCUCUGUACGGCUCACGAUACCUUGACGCCCCUUUGCGCAGAGACAUUCUUCAUCGCGCUGUCAUCUAUGAAGCGGACGCGACACGCCAGGGAACGGCGAGCACGAAAUGGCGUUUUGAAGUCCAUGGGUCCAAUCGCAAGCUGUACCAGCAGAAAGGUACAGGCCGUGCUCGUGUGAGGGACAAGAAGUCCCCGAUCAGAAGAGGAGGUGGUGUUGCCUUUGGUCCAAAGCCCAGAGAUUUCUCGUCCGAAUUACAGAAGAAAGUCUACCACCAGGCGUUUCGAAUCGCGCUAAGUUACCGUUUCAGGAGGAACGAGUUGAUCAUUCUCAAUGACAAGAUCAAUCUGCCAACGGGAAACGGCGCACGGUUUCUCAAUAACAUUUUCGAGGCCAAUUGCUGGGGCCAGGGGUACGGCCGCAGCCUCCUCGUCACAAGUACGCCUGAAUCAAGUGGAGCACGAAUCUUUGAAGAGAUGGAAACCAUUGGCGAGCAUGGAGAUCUGAAAGACAUCGAGGACGUGGAUGUCAAGGACCUCCUCACUAGCGGGCGGGUAGUGAUUGAGAGAUCUGCCCUGCUGAGUUUGCUGUGUAAGGAACAGACGUUCAAGGAGAACGGAACAGUGUUCACGUAUGAGAAAGCGUUGAAGGAUGUGAAACUAGCGAAUAAGCUUCAGGUGCCUGAGAAGAUUGUACAGUAUUUGUGA